AUGAUUCGUCUUAAAGCUAAGCAAGCAGAGAUAAAGGCGGAGGAGAAAGAAGCAUUAGAAGCUGCAAUCAAGUCUGGUGAUACAGUACUACCGAUCAAGUCAAAGACAAAGAUCCUUGGUAUCGGUCGUGGUAAACGUAAUGGUACGAGCAACAAAGAGAAAAAACGUACCCCAGGUGAAAUACGUAUUCAAAAAGAUAUUGCCGAAUUGGAUGGUGGAAAAACUGCGACGGUUACAUUUCCUGAAGUGAAUGAUUUGACAGUAUUUAAUGUCAAGAUUGCAGUGGAUACAGGACUAUGGAAAGGUGCAUCAUAUAGCUUCAGCUUUAAGAUUCCACCCAUGUAUCCGCAUGAUCCACCAAAGGUUCAGUGUCUGACAAAAAUUUACCACCCAAACAUUGACCUUGAUGGCAAUGUGUGUCUAAAUAUUUUACGUGAGGAUUGGAAACCCGUGUUGGACAUCAACUCGGUCAUUUAUGGCCUGAUUUACCUGUUCUAUGAGCCAAACCCGGACGAUCCACUGAAUAAAGAAGCUGCAGAGUUGUUUCGCAACGACCCGUCGCAAUUUGCCGCGGUGGUGCAUCGAUCUUUGCGUGGGUACAAUGUCCGAGGCAUUGAAUUUGAAAAGCUGAUCUAG